UACGACGCCCUCGGCGUCGACCGGGAGAUGCCCCAGGAGGACCUGAAGCGCGUCUACCGGGCUCUGGCGAAGGAGCACCACCCGGACCGGCGCCGCGACUCGGGCGCGGCCAUGACGCGCAUCAACGAGGCCUACGCCGUCCUCCAGGACCCGGCGGCGCGGCGACACUACGACCGC